AUGCCUCCAGUACCCUCAGAUUUCACUGACGUGACCAUGGCAAGGAAUCCAAGAACGAGGUUGGAUUUCGGACUUUCUUCAAAGGAAAUAAAAGGAACAAUAAAGCAUUAUUCGGAAACCUUCGGCUGUUCUCCUACAUUAAAGAAAAAACAGUGCUUCACAUCAACACCCAAACCAGAAGUGACAACUUUUAGCCCAAUAUCCAGCAUCAUACAAGCUGUUGAUAAGCUGUCUACAGAAUCUGACCUUAUUGCAGACGGAUCACGUGUCAAUAUUCUACCCAUAAUUCCAGGAAAGCAUAGCGAUCUUAGCGCCAUCUCACCGGAAACGAUGUCUGGCGUUCUUGGUGGCGUUUACGACAGAAGUUUGGACAAAGUUACGAUUAUAGAUUGUAGAUAUCCAUACGAAUUCGAAGGCGGUCAUAUUAAGGGAGCAAUUAACCUUUAUACAAAAGAAUCAAUCAAACAAUUCCUUGAAGAAACAGCGACUUCAUUCACAAGCAACCACGUUCUCAUCUUCCAUUGUGAGUUUUCGUCAGAAAGAGGUCCAAAAAUGUAUCGCCACUUAAGGGCUCUAGAUCGAGAUUUGAACAAAGACAACUACCCUCGACUCAACUUUCCCGAGAUUUAUCUCUUAGAAGGAGGUUAUAAAGCUUUCUUCUACUCUCACAAAGUAAGAACACUGUUUCCCACAGCAAUGUUGCUCAAGGAACAUAAAGACGACUUACGUCACUUCCGGGUAAAGUCAAAGUCAUGGUCAGCAGGCGAUAAAUCACGUCAAACUUCAGUUUCCGGCAAGGGACUUCGGCUUGUAUUUUGAUUGGGCGACUCGUUAACAAACUGUACACAAGUGCUUUGUUAAAAGCUCCACCCUGUUAGCUCAAUUGAUAAAGCGUUGAACUGUGAAUCGGGCGACUCGGGAUCGAUUCCCGGACGGUGCAUGUCUCUUUCGUUGUGAUUAAAAGAAAUACUUUGUACGGUCAUUCGCACUGUACUUAUGUUCCGGCAUAUACAGAAGUUCCUUUCAAAAGUGAAGGCACCUACUAAACUGCUCU